ACAAAAACAGAGAAGAAGAAGAAAUUUAAUAUUUGUGAGCUUCAGGGAACGCAACAAUGGCGGAAGAGGUGAUCCUACUGAAUUUCUGGCCGAGCAUAUUCGGAAUGAGGACGAUGAUUGCUUUGGAGGAAAAAGGAGUCAAGUACGAGUAUAUAUCAGAAGAGGAUGUGAUCAAAAACAAAAGCUCCUUGCUUCUCCAGAUGAAUCCGGUUCACAAGAAGAUCCCGGUUCUUAUCCACAACGGUAAAGCGAUCUGUGAAUCUAUGAUACAGGUACAGUACAUCGACGAGGUCUGGUCCGAGAAGAGCCCAUUACUCCCUUCCGAUCCUUACCAGAGAGCUCAGGCCUUAUUCUGGGCCGAUUUCAUCGACAAGAAGUUGUGUGUUUGUGGGAGGGGGACUUGGAGAGCGAAAGGUGAGGAGCUAGAGGCAAACAAUAAGGAGUUUAUUGACAUACUCAAGAUUCUUGAAUCUGAGCUCGGAGAUAAACCUUACUUUGGCGGCCAUAAAUUCGGGUUUGUAGACAUCGUCCUGAUUGGAUUCUACAGCUGGUUUCCUGAAUACCAGAAGUUUGGUAACUUCAGCAUCGAACUAGAAUGUUCUAAACUGAUAGCUUGGGCUGAGAGGUGUUUGGAGAGGGAGAAGAGUGUAGCUAAGUCUCUGCCUGAUCCUGAAAAAGUUAUUGGAUAUGUUUUAUACCUUAAGAAGCUAUAUGGGAUCGAAUAAAA